UUUCUUUAUUUUUUCUUCUCUCACUUCCUUGCCUUCAGUUAAAGUAGUGAGCAAAUUCUGGUGUUAUAUUCCUUGUUUCUUUAAAACCACCUUAGUUUUUAUAUUUAUCACUACAAAAACCCAACCUUAUAUUCCAUCACUUUCUUUCUAAGUAACUCUCAUCCUUAUCCUAAUCACUUCAUUCUAUUCUAUGGAUCCAUUAUUUCAUUCAUAAAAACUUGUUUAUUUCAUCGAACAAACAUAUACACCUCAAUCACAAGAUGAUGAAUAAGAUGACCAGCUCUGAUCUCAUAGAUUCUAAGCUCGAAGAACAUCAGUUAUGUGGAUCCAAACACUGUCCUCGCUGCGGUCACAAGUUCGAUCAAGGCAAACCGGAUUGGUUAGGUCUACCAGCAGGAGUGAAAUUUGAUCCAACAGAUCAAGAACUCAUUGAACAUCUCGAAGCGAAAGUCGAAUCAAAGAACAAUAUGAAAUCACAUCCUUUGAUUGAUGAAUUCAUUCUCACUAUUGAAGGUGAAGAUGGAAUUUGUUACACCCAUCCUGAAAAACUUCCAGGAGUGACAAGAGAUGGAUUAAGCAGACACUUUUUCCAUAGACCAUCAAAGGCAUAUACAACGGGAACACGAAAGAGACGAAAGAUUCAAACCGAAGAAUGCGAUUUACAAGGAACCGGUUCAGGAGGAGAAACAAGAUGGCACAAAACUGGAAAAACAAGACCUGUUAUGGUUAAUGGAAAACAAAAAGGCUGCAAGAAGAUUCUAGUCCUGUACACCAAUUUCGGGAAGAAUCGAAAACCGGAGAAGACGAAUUGGGUUAUGCAUCAGUAUCAUCUAGGACAACAUGAAGAAGAGAAAGAAGGAGAGCUUGUUGUUUCGAAGAUAUUUUAUCAGACACAGCCAAGACAGUGUAAUUGGUCUGAUAAUAAUCAUAGAAUUGGUGCAACAACAACGAUAACCGGUGAAGGAAGUGGUGGUGAGCCUAGUAAUAUAAUCAAUGCAAGAAGAGAUAGUGGAAGUGGAAGUUCUUCUUCUAAGGAGAUUGCAACUCAUCAUAAUCAUAAUCAUAGUCAUAUUUAUAGAGACGAAAUGUCUGCUGCUGCUGCCGCCGCUGUUGCUGUUGGUGUCCCGACUCCUUUAACAAGCUUCACAAACGCUUUGGAUAUUCAACAUCUUAAAUCUGAUCAUUUCGGCUUCAUCCCAUUUCGAAAAAACAGCUUCGAUGAGGUUGGAAUAGGAGAAGGUUCUACAGCAAGAGAAAUGCAAGCAUCAGGCUCAUGUGAUCAGGAGCAGCAUCAUGUAGUAACACAUCAUCAUCAACAACAUCAACAUGAGCAUCACCAACAAAUUAAUGCAAACGCAGCUUUCCAUAUUAGUAGGCCUUCAAAUCCAAUCUCAACUAUCAUCUCUCCACCUCCACUUCACCAUACAUCCAUCAUCCUUGAUGAUAAUUCUUACCAUGUCUCAACAAUCAUGCUCCAAAAUGAAAAUUUCCAGCAACAACAACAGCAGCAACAACAUCAUAAACUAGGUGGUGGAAGGUCUGCAUCUGGUUUGGAAGAAGUCAUCAUGGGUUGCACUUCAACAUCUUCUGAUACUAUCAAAGAGGAAUCAUCCAUGAGAAACCAGCAAGAAGCAGAAUGGUUGAAAUACUCUUCUUAUUGGCCAGUUGACCCUCCUCAAGACAACCAUCAUCAUCAUCAUCAUCAACAUCAUGAUCAAUAGAAUGAAGGAGACAACAAAAACAAAGACAACAUCAUUGUCAUAUCAUCAUUCAUGCUUCAACCAUACACUUUCCAACAAAAAAACAUCAUAUCCAUAGUUAGUUUUUGCUCUUUUUUUUCUUUCUUUUUCCCAGUUUAUCAACUUCUUCAGUGUCAGAAACAACAAGUUUUGGAAAGAAAGUGACAAAGAACAAAGAGAAAAAGAAAGAGAAAAUUAAAGAAGAAAAAGAAAAGAAAAGAAAGCUGCUCUCCCUCGUGACAGCACAGUCAUGGAGAAUGACCUAAUACUCAAAGCUAAAUCUGCAUGAAAAUCAUCACUAUAUAUUAAUAUAUAUCAUUAUUAUUAUAGUAUCAUAUUAUUUAUAUUAUUUUAUUAUUAUUAUUUUAAGAUGUUUAUUGUAUAAGUUUUGUUUGUAUAAGUUUUCUCCCUAAAGAUAUUUGUAUAAGUUCUUAUUUUUUUUUCACAUAAAAAAUAUAUAUAUACCAUUGAGUUUGUGCAUAUUGUAACAAUAUGAUAAUAUUGGACAAAUUUUGUGCCAAGCAUUUUAUGUA